GGCAUCUGCUCCAUCCUAGACUGGUCUGGUAGCCAAAGAAAGACCCCCUUGGCUGCUUCUCUGCUGUCUCAUCCAUGUGGUGAAGGGGAAAGACCAGCCAUGCAGCCAGCACAGGGCCAAGUGUCCUUCGAGGAGGUGGCUGUUUAUUUCUCCAAGACGGAGUGGAGCCUGCUGAGCCCAGCCCAGAGAGCCUUGUACAAGGAAGUCAUGCUGGAGAAUUUUGGGAACGUGGCCUCUCUGGGGCCUGAGAUUGCCAAACCUGACCUCAUUUCCAGGCUGGAAGGAGGAGAAGAGCCGUUUCUCCCGAUCGCUGAUGCAGAAGAGGGAUUGGCAGGAGGCAUUUGGAAAAAUGAAAAAUCUGAGUAUCCAGAGAUGGAUGAAGUGUAUAGAUAUUCAGAAGUGAAAGUGAAGGUUGAAUAUUAUGAUACCCCAAAGAAAGAGGAAAAACGUCCAUCUAAAGGAAGGAGUCGUUCCAGACUUUUACGGGAUGAAAAUGCACAUGAAAUUUCACUACUUGAAAAAAUGUACAUAGCAGACAAUAGAAAUGAGGGCACAGCAAGUGGGGAAAAAUUUUCUAAACAAUCAGAGACUAACAUGCAUUUGAAAACCUAUACAAGAAAGAAAAAAUAUAAAUGCCAGGAAUGUGGAAAAAUCUUCAGUCAGAGUGGAAGCCUUAUUGCCCACCAAAGAAUUCACACAGGGGAGAAACCAUAUAAAUGCUUGGAGUGUGGGAAAAGCUUCAAUCGGAGAAGAAACCUUACUUGCCAUCAAAGAAUCCAUACAGGUGAGAAACCAUAUAAAUGCACAGAGUGUGGCGAAAGCUUCAGUCAGAGUGGAAGCUUUACUCGUCAUCAAAGAAUUCAUACAGGGGAGAAACCAUAUAAAUGCAUGGAGUGUGGAGAAAGCUUCAGUCGGAGUGGAAAUCUUUCUUCCCAUCAAACAAUUCACACAGGUGAGAAACCAUAUAAAUGCCUAGAGUGUAACAAAAGCUUCAGGGUGAGAGGAAACCUUACUUUCCAUAGAAGAAUUCACACAGGGGAGAAACCAUAUAAAUGUCUGGAGUGUGGGAAAAGCUUCAGUCAGAGUGUAGGCCUUUCCUGCCACCGAAGAAUUCACACUGGUGAGAAACCAUAUAAAUGCAUGGAUUGUGGCAAAAGCUUCAGUUGGAGUGUAGCCCUGUCUUACCAUCAAAGAACUCACACUGGUGAGAAACCAUAUAAAUGCCUGGAGUGUGGGAAAAGCUUCCGGAUUAGAGGACAGCUUAAUUCCCACCAAAAAAUUCAUAGAGGGGAGAAACCUUACAAAUGCCUUGUGUGUGGGAAAAGCUUCACUCGGAGUGGAAACCUUAUGCGGCAUCAAAGAAUUCACACAGGAGAGAAACCAUAUAAAUGCCUAGAGUGUGGCAAAAGCUUCAGGGGGAGAGGAAACCUUACAUUGCAUAGAAGAAUUCACACGGGUGAGAAACCAUAUCAAUGCACAGAGUGUGGCAAAAGCUUCAAAAGCUUCAGUUGGAGUGGAAAUCUUACUCACCAUCAAAGAAUUCACACAGGGAAGAAAUCUUAUAAAUGCUUGGAGUGUGGGAAAAGCUUCAGUUGGAGGAGAAACCUUACAUGCCAUCAAAGAAUUCACACAGGGGAGAAACCAUAUAAAUGCCUGGAGUGUGGGAAAAGCUUCGGUCAGAGUGGACAUCUUAAUAACCACCAAAGAAUUCACACAGGGGAGAAACCAUAUAAAUGCAUGGAGUGUGGAGAAAGCUUCAGUUGGAGUGGAAAUCUUACUCACCAUCAAAGAAUUCACACAGGGAAGAAAUCUUAUAAAUGCUUGGAGUGUGGGAAAAGCUUCAGUUGGAGGAGAAACCUUACAUGCCAUCAAAGAAUUCACACAGGGGAGAAACCAUAUAAAUGCCUGGAGUGUGGAAAAAGCUUCGGUCAGAGUGGACAUCUUAAUAACCACCAAAGAAUUCACACAGGGGAGAAACCAUAUAAAUGCAUGGAGUGUGGAGAAAGCUUCCGUCGGAGUGGACACCUUAAUUCCCACCAAAGAAUUCACACAGGUGAGAAACCAUAUAAAUGCCUAGAGUGUGGCAAAAGUUUCAGCAGGAGAGGAAACCUUACUUUGCAUAAAAGAAUUCACUCAGGGGAGAAACCAUAUCAAUGCCCAGAGUGUGGCAAAAGCUUUAGUCAGAAGGGAAGCCUUUCUUACCAUCAAAGAAUUCACACAGGGGAGAAACCAUAUCAAUGCCCAGAGUGUGGCAAAAGCUUUAGUCAGAGGGGAACCCUUUCUUACCAUCAAAGAAUUCAUACAUAUGAGAAACCAUAUGAAUGCCUUGACUGUGGCAAAAGCUUUAGUUGGAGUGUAUCCCUGUCUUACCAUCAAAGAAUUCACACUGGUGAGAAACCAUAUAAAUGCCUGGAGUGUGGGAAAAGCUAUAGUUGGAAGGUAGCCCUGUCUUACCAUCAAAGAAUUCAUACCGGUGAGAAACCAUAUAAAUGCCUGGAGUGUGGGAAAAGCUUCAGUCAGAGUGGGCACCUUAAUUCUCACCAAAGAAUUCACACAGGGGAGAAACCUUACAAAUGCUUGGAGUGUGGGAAAAGCUUCAAUCGGAGGAGAAACCUUACUUGCCAUCAAAGAAUUCACACAGGUGAGAAACCAUAUAAAUGCCUAGAGUGUGGCAAAAGCUUCAGCAGGAGAGGAAACCUUUCUUACCAUCAAAGAAUUCACACAGAGGAGAAACCAUAUCAAUGCCUGGACUGUGGCAAAAGCUUCCGGAUUAAUGAACAACUUAAUUCCCACCAAAAAAUUCACACAGGAGAGAAACCUUACAAAUGCCUUGUGUGUUGGAAAAGCUUUGCUCGGAGUGGAAACCUUACGCGCCACCAAAUAAUUCACAACAUAGGAGAAAAGCCCUAUAACACCAACAACAACAACAACAACAUUCAAUUUAUGUAUGACCCCUCAGGACAAUUUAACGCCCACCUAGAGCAAAUUAUUAUUAUUCCCACUCAGAGUGUUGUUGUUAUGCCCCCAAUAACAAUUACCCUGUGAGGUGGGUGGGGCUGAGAGAGCACCUAGAUGCUUUAACAACGAAUUGGGAGUUAGACCCUACAGAAAAACAACCGAUAGAAAUUCAUACCUUGAGUACACUUCAUAUCACCCAAGGCACCUCCACAACAACAUUCCAUAUGGACAGUUUCUUAGACUCAAAUGCAACUCCUCGCUAGUAGGUGACUAUCUGAGAGAAGGGAAAGCCAUCGCACGUACCUUUAGAGACCAGGGAUGUCCAUCUGCCAUUUUGACAGAGGCUCAGUAAAGAGCGGAAACAGAGGAGAGACGAGACUCGUUUAAGGUUAAAACCAGGGGAGAGAUAGACCAAGUGAAGUGGGCUUGGACUUCACCCCAUUGUCUAACAGCGUGAAAAAAAUUGCAUAUAGACGUUGGCCCCUACUCACUGAAGUAAAGGGUUGUGAGAGCUCACCCCCAAAUGGCUUCAAGAGAACACGGAGUCUGAAAGACUUCAUUGCACACUCUGAUCAUCAAUUCCAGCCGGAGAUUUCCACCAGACUGCAAGGGCACUUCAGGUGUGGCCACUGCCGGAUUUGUCACUAUCAAUUGUAGGGGACUCGUUUGCUUUCCACCAUAAUCAGACUACCAUCCACUUAAAGCAUUUCUCCACCUGUCAAACCCCAGGGGUGGUUUAUCUGAUUAUUUGCCAUUGUAAUAUGCUAUAUGUGUGCAGCAGCACCAGCCUUUUAAGAGUCAGGACCGUGAAGCCCCAAUGGUUAAACAUUUCAUCCACAACCGCAAUAGGGAAGACAAAUCCCAAUUUACUGUCCUGUAUGUAGCCGAUAAGGGUUCUGCUCGGGUGAUACAGGGGGAUCUGCUGUGCAAAGAAGCUCACUGGAUCCACUGUUUGGGCGGCUUAAAACCAAGGGGACUUAAUAAUGAUUUAAAUUUAUCACGUUUUUUGUAAACAGUUGGGAGAUUCUUGGAUGGUACUAUGAUAGAUUGGCCCCCUUUCAUUUGUAACUCUGUAUGUAAUUGCUACGUGGUUAUAUUAUUAAUCAUACAGAGUGGUGGUGUCCAUAGCUGUUGAGCAACGCGUGCUGCUUCACGGGAGGCUUUCAGAGAUCGCUCUUGAGGGUGGUGAGUUUUGAUUUCUAUCACUACGGAUAUACGGGGAUGAGAGCAUAUACAUUUAUUGAGAACUUAAUUGUUGGUACAGAAAUGACUUGGGUGGAUCACAUUAUUGCCCCUGAAGAAGUCUGUUGACGAAACACAAGGUUAUAAUAGCCAGCUCCUUUUUGAGCUAGGGAGGUGCAACUCUGUUGUGCCCCCGACUUUUUUGUCUCCAUCUAUCAAGAAGAAUACACUGUUACAAGUUGUUCUUGACAUCUCUGUCGAUCUCAUACAGACAUCUUCCCCAGAGCUUUUCUGCUCAAUGUAACUAAAGAAAGAAGAAAAGAGACCACUUUACCUUUAAAUUUCAUUUACGCUGGGUUAGAUUUGAAUAGUGGCCAUUAUUCAUCAAAUGUUUUUUAUGAAUUUAUUGACUGUUCUACCUUGGUCAAGAAUUUUGGGAUGUUCAUUAGACUUUUGUUUGUAUUCUUAGAAUAUUUUUGAAUAUUUUUAGAAGUUCUUAGUCACUUUAUAUUAAAA